CUCUCUCUUAAAUAAAGUCUCGCUUUAAAUCUCUCUUUGAACAUUUUGAUAUCUAACUUCUCUCUAUCUGUCCAUAAUUUUGUGACUGGUUGCAGGAAUCAUCUGACAGUGAGAUUGUUCUUGGCAUCAAGAUCACUUUAGCACCAGAUCCGAGAUUUUUCGGCUAAAAAAAGGGUUUUGAUUAGAGAACUCACCAUGAUCGGAGUAGGAAAAGUCAAACAAUACACAAAUGUUUUGGAUAAGCCCUUGAGCAAAGGAAAACAAGAGGUUAGUUUGAGUGCAUUUGCCUUCUUGUUUUCUGAGCUUGUCCAAUAUAACCAGACUCAAGUUGAUAACAUUGCUGAGCUAGAGAGAAGGUUAGAAGACGCAGGAUAUGGUGUUGGUGUCCGAGUCCUAGAACUUCUUUGCCAUAGAGAUAAGGGAAACAGGAGGGAGACGCGCUUGCUGGGAAUUUUGUCAUUUGUACACAGUACAGUGUGGAAAGUGUUAUUUGGAAAGGUGGCCGAUUCCCUUGAGAAAGGCACAGAACAUGAAGAUGAAUACAUGAUCAGUGAGAAAGAGCUCUUGGUGAACAGAUUUAUUUCGAUUCCCAAGGACAUGGGGACAUUCAAUUGUGGGGCAUUUGUUGCUGGCAUCGUUAGGGGUGUCCUGGACAGUGCAGGUUUUCCAGCUACUGUAUCUGCUCACUUUGUGCCAAUGGAGGGGCAACAACGACCUAGGACAACUAUAUUGAUAAAAUUUGCAGAAGAGGACGGUAACCUGGCACAGAGAGAGAGAGAGAUUUGUGCAAAAAAUGCAGCAUUCAUGUGGAUUUACUUCCGCCGGAAAUGUGGCCCUGCCUUGCUCUCUUUUCAGGGAAGAGUGGUGCUCUUCAGUGCCAGGACCAAUGGGCUUUCCGCUGCAAGGAUGAGAGAGAGAGAUUUGCACAUCAUGUGUUAAGGAGAGAGAAAUUUGCCACGGAAAAUGAUAAUGUAGAAUACAUUUUUAUAUCAGGUAACAUCUGUUCCCAUCCCUUCUGAAGAUGGUAUCACCAUUCUAUUCCUAAACUUUUAAUGUUGGCAAGACUUCCACGUUGUCAAUUCCAUUUUUCAGUCAAGAAGAGAAGUUUCACUA